AUGAUAGAAAUGGAGCCAUCUGAAGAACCACUUGAUUUAAGAACUGGAUGUGGCAGUUCGUCUCAAGUUUUGAAAAACUAUGAAAAUAAGUACGAACAUUAUGUGAAGCGGAGACCGACAUAUUUAGAACUAGAAUUCGGGCGUUUUGUCCGAAGAUUAACUCACGAGUUACUCAACCCUGAUCUUUCAAUUACUCAACAAUCUAAAGAACAUUUAACUCAAAUAGAAGAAGCUUGUAAAAAUACAUUUCCUCAAUUUGAUUCACAUCAAAUCAGAUUAAAAAUACGUGCUCAGCUGAAACUGUAUAGACGUAAUUUGAAAAGGGUGGAUAAGAAAAUAUCAAAACUUGGUCAACCCAUAUCAUCCCUUAAACCAAUAUCAUCUAAUUUGAUAUUCAACUCAAGUAUGUCGAACAUACUGUAUCCAAUUUCAGAGAAUACAGAUAAUAUGAUAUCUGAAAUGGGACUUAAUCACUUAAAUGCAACAUUCAACACUUCUAUAGAUAAUAAAAAUGAUAAUGAUAUAAAUAUGAUAAACACUGAUUAUAUUUAUUUACCAAAUAAUUCUAUCUCAAAUAUUCCUUUUAUUUAUCCAAUCUCUUUUAAUCAACCACCAUUAAUCUAUCAUUCAAUACAUAAUAAAUCUAAACCAAUCAAUUCAACUUGUGUAGCUGAUUUAUCAUCUACAACAAAAUAUUUAGUGCCAACAGUUUCAAAUAUUACAACUGGUACAUUAUCAAUGUCGUCUACAACUACACCAUUGCCAGUCUUCUCAACACCAAAUACUACUACCAGUCUGUUAUCUUUAUCUCUACGUGAAAGUGCAAGUCUUCUUAUUCAAACCGCCAGAUUAUAUAAAAUGUUCAUUCAACCUAAUCAAAGCAUUAGCAAUAAUCACCAGUUAAGCAUUUCCAAUUCCCAAUAUAUAAAUAAUAUAUUUCAUGGUGUUUAUUAUUCGCCAGAACUAGAAGACUUAACGAAUAUCCCAUUAAAUCUUGAACAUAAACUAUCCAAAACCAAUUUACAACCAAAAUAA